AUGGUGGAUUAUCAAGCUUCAUGCGAGGAGGCCGCUUGGUUCGCGUAUGUCCAGAGGCCCGCCGCUGUGAGCUGGCUGCUGCCCCGCAAGGACAGCAAGAAGGUCGCUCGUCUCAUUUCGGCGGUGUCCGCCAGCUGGGAGGACGACAGUGACCUGCCAACAGAGUGCGGCUCCAGCUACGAGUCGCUCGUCGGCGCCGCCAGGGACGCGGGCGGCCCCGGGCUCCCGCAGCUCGCCAGGCAGGGGUCCCUCACCAACACACAGACGUUUGUGUUCCCAACAUGCGGCCUCACGGUUAAGCAGGGCGUGAUCGAGGCGGCCCCAGAGAUCUGGCGCGUCUCGCCCUUUGUGCACUGCGCCCCGGACAACAGCUGCGCCAUCGCAUUCGUCGGCAGCCUGCUCAACGUGCAGGCGAGCGGGCGCGGCAUUGGCGGCCACUCCGCGGCGGCGGCCGCCGCGCUGGCUCGGCAGGGGUCGCUCGAGCGCGGCGCGGACAUGGGGGCGCUGACGGCGGCUGUCGUGCUGGCGAUGUACCAGCAUGACAGCGAGCUCGUGCUGCUGAGCGAGCUGCAGGGCCAGUACGCGUUUGUCAUCGUCGACAGCAAGAGGGGCGCUUUUGCGGCGCGCGACGCGUCCGGCACCGAGACGCUGUUCUACCGCAUCGCGGACGACGGCAGCGCCGCGUUCGCCAGCAGCGAGGGCGCGAUACCAGAGGCGGAGCACGCCGGCGCGCCCGGCGGCGAGUGGCGAGAGCUGCCGCCGGGCCACUACGUGUGCGGCAGGACGCCCAAGCUGCACCAGUUCGCGCUCACGCCCGAGCAGCUGCAGGCGCGGCGCGGCGAGGCGCCGCGCCGCCACCACCUCGCGGGCGAGGGCGGCCGCCGCGCGUCUUUAGACUACCACGGCGGCGGCCGCCAGCCGCGCGGUUUAGAGGGCGACAUGUUUGGCUUCGCCAUGGACGGCGUCGACGGCUGA